UAGCCAAGUUGGACUGGAACGAGGUGAACCACCCUCCUUGAGAGCCAUGUUGCUGUGGUCCAUAUGGACUACAAUAUUACUACUGACCCCGCUGGAUGCUGCAGAGGCGGAUGAUGUCCGAGCAGGCUGCAGCACAGCAGUAAAUGACCUGGUCUUUAUUGUCGAUGGCUCAUGGAGUGUUGGCGUCCCUGACUUCGAAACAGCUAAGCAGUGGCUUAUCAACAUCACCAGCCAGUUUGACAUCAGUUCCCAUUACACACAGGUGGCUGUGAUCCAGUACAGUGACACUCCCCGUCUGGAGAUUCCUCUGGGGAAGCCCCAGGGUGGAUCAGAGCUCAUCCAGGCCAUACGGAGCAUCACUUAUCUGGGAGGAAACACACAGACGGGCAGAGCCAUCAAGUUUGCUGUGGACCACGUCUUCUCCUCCUCCCAGCGAGCCAGACAAGUUAAGAACCGCAUCGCUGUGGUGGUCACUGAUGGCAAAUCUCAGGAUGACGUGGUGGAUGCCAGUAUGGAUGCACGAGCUGAGGGCAUUACAUUAUUCGCUGUUGGAGUUGGCAGUGAGAUCACCACCUCGGAGCUGGUAUCCAUUGCCAACAGACCAUCCUCCACCUAUGUCCUCUACGCUGAAGAUUACACCACCAUUGACCGUAUCAGAGACUCCAUGGAGCAAAAGCUCUGUGAAGAGUCUGUGUGUCCAACACGAAUCCCGGUGGCAUCUCGUGAUGAGAAAGGCUUUGAGCUGAUGGUUGGCAUGAACAUUCAGAAGAAGGCCAAGAAGAUCCCUGGUUCCCUGGUGUCCGAGACAGCCUUCUCCCUUACAGCCUCCACAGACAUUACUGAGAAUACCAGGGAGAUUUUCCCAGAAGGCCUCCCUCCGUCCUAUGUAUUUGUAGCCACCUUGCGUCUAAAGCGGUCCUCUAGCAAGUUGACCUUUGACCUUUGGAGGGUGCUGUCUAAGGAUAAGGAGAUCCAAGCUGCAGUGACACUGAGCGAAAAAGACAAAACUGUCACCUUCACAGCCACUAGUAUAACAAACAUGGACCAGAGAGUCAUCUUUAAAGCCGGCUUUCAGACUCUGUAUGAUGGAAAAUGGCAUCAGCUCAAACUCCUAGUGAGGCCUUACCAGGUCACCGGUUUCCUUGACGAUCAACCGAUCCAGGAAGUAAUGUUGGAGCCAAUGGAGCCCAUUUACAUCAAUGGGGAGACACAGGUGGCUAAGAGGCGAGGAACAGACAUCACUGUGCCUUUGGACAUUCAGAAGCUGCGUCUGUACUGUGAUCCUCAUCAGAGCGAGAGAGAGACAGCUUGUGAGAUCUACUCUGUGGAUGAUGAAAGGUGUUCUCUGAAUCGAACAGCCACAGAGGAGGAGGAAGACUGCAACUGUGUAGUUGGACCACCAGGGCAGCGUGGCCUGCCAGGACGCAUGGGUUUCCGUGGGGAGAAAGGGAGAGAAGGACCACCCGGACCUGAUGGUAAGCCUGGUAAAGAAGGGAAACCUGGGGAAAAUGGCCCUCCUGGAUUACAAGGGGAGAAGGGUGAAGAUGGCCCAGCAGGACCAAGAGGGGAGCCUGGCCUUAAGGGGGACAAGGGAGAGAGAGGAGAGCCAGGCUUGCUGGGAGAACCAGGACCCCCAGGACCCAAGGGUCUUCCUGGUGAGAGAGGCGAGCCAGGAUCUCCAGGAGAAGCUGGAUCAGUGGGGGAGCCAGGACUACCAGGCAUACGCGGACUGGCUGGGGCACAAGGAGCAAAGGGAGAUCGGGGGCCGACUGGUGCUGCUGGUGCUCAAGGUGCUCCGGGUGUCCAGGGACCUCCUGGCGAAGCAGGCUCAAAGGGACCUAAGGGAGAGAAUGGGUUGCCUGGGCUGCAAGGACCACCUGGAAUAGAGGGAUCACUGGGAAUCCAGGGGCCCCGGGGGCCGCCCGGAGAGAUUGGCCGAGAUGGUCCCAAGGGAAAGUGUGGCGAUCCAGGGGUAGCUGGUGCUCUUGGUCCACCAGGCCAAAAGGGAUCAACAGGAGAGCCAGGUUUUCCAGGGCUCCCGGGUGCCAUGGGGCUUCCGGGGUUCAAAGGCCAUAAGGGGUGGCAGGGUGAAAGAGGAUCCAAAGGAAACCAGGGGGAGCGAGGCAGAGAUGGAGAUCCAGGGACUCCUGGUGUACCUGGCGAAGUGGGACCCAGGGGAAGGAAAGGAGAGAAAGGAUUGACAGGGGAUGUGGGCCCCAGGGGGCCUGACGGAAAGAAAGGAGACAUGGGCCACAUGGGCCAUAUGGGUGCUGUUGGUCCCAGGGGAUUUCCAGGCCAGGAUGGAUUGCCAGGCCAACCAGGCCAACCAGGAUAUCCUGGGAAGCCUGCCAAGCCUCCCUCAGAUGAACAUCUUCUAAAGCUCUGCUCUGAUGUUCUGCGUAACCAACUCCCAGCAUUGCUCCAGUCCCUGGCCCCCCCAGCUAGCUGUGAACCCUGCCACAGCAUGAAGGGACCCCCAGGCACGCCAGGAGCACCGGGACCCAAAGGCUCCAUGGGAACUCCAGGCUACCCUGGCAGGAGUGGUGCUCCGGGUUACCCAGGACCUCCUGGAAUGCGGGGUUCUCUGGGCCUUAAAGGUGACAUGGGACCAAGAGGGCUCAAAGGCAGCAAUGGAGAAGGUCACACUGGACCUCCAGGACCACCUGGACAGCCAGGGGUUCAGGGUCCUCGUGGCUUUGAUGGAAUCGGCCAUCCAGGCAACCAGGGAAUUCCUGGGGAACCAGGACCCCCAGGUGAUCCUGGUAAACAGGGCAACCCAGGGCUUCCAGGGAUUUGUGAUGUUUCCAUGUGCUAUCAGACCUACAACCUCAGGGAACAUUACAGCAAAGGACCCAAUGUCUGAUGACACAGCAGCAUGGGAGAGGCUGCUAUUGGUUAAACACCCAUGUGUUUUAAGGAAGCGAUGUACUGUAUCACUGAUUUACUGAGAUGUGUGUGACUGUAUGAGCAGACUGUGUGGAGAACAGCUGCACUGGAGACAGAAAUAACCUCAUUAGUUGAGUUAACAUGGACAGGGCUUUGACUCAUGAUUAUGGAAUUCAUGAUCAAAGGUGGUCAGCAGGCCAGCUUACUGGCUAGCUUACUGAUACCAGGUUAACAUGGCUACUUUAUAUUUAAAGUUUGGAUAGCAGGUUUAAAUAGUGGGCUCCAAUCCUGAGUUAGACAGAUUAGCACCAAAAUGGUUGUAACUUGGUUGUGUUGGUUAUUGUGUUACUAGGAAGAGAGCUAGGAUUUGGAAUAACAUUAAAAAUAGCUACCUCCUCUUUUAGCUGAGUUCCUCUUUACAUUUCAGUUGAACACAUUGCUAACAAGACAGGAUGCUAAGAGGCCUAACACCAUUAGUCUGAUCAAAUUUCAACACAAGAUUCAUGCGCAAAAAACUGAUCUUUAUACAACAAAAUGUAUAAAAUAUAUAUGAAUAAAAUAAAAAUAAGAUAUCCUCAUGCAUUAUAAUUAAGCCAAAUAAGACCAUGGGCUUUCUUUUAUACUGUGUGUCAGCUAAUGUGGGGAAAAAAGGUACUAUUAUAUUUUUCCAGACCAUGAGUCCACAUUAAAAACUACACAUAACUGCGUAUUAUCGACAAAAGUGAACAUGAAUUACCACUCAUGUUGUGCUUUGAAAAACUGUAGUUACUUUGGCUUCACCAGUUAGGGUUUAUAUCAACCAGUGAGGUUAUUUCUACCUUCAGAGCCGCUCUGCCUCAGAGAAAUGAUUGUAUCUAUGAAUCAUGUGAAAACUGCAGUACAUUCCUUGACAAUGAAUUUGGAUAUGUCACAAUGAAGGAAUCAGACACACCAUUUUCGCCUGAUUAUCAUGUGAAAGUUUAGCUAACUGUCAAGUUCAGGCAGUUUGAUUAAAGAUAAAAACCUCACAGUUAGUAGCAGAAAUCUUUUCGGACUGAUUUAGAAAUUAAGUUGAAAGCUAAUGCAGACGUCCAUCCACCAUUCCAACUACAGACCUCUCUCUUUGCCCCACAUUAUUUUACUGUCAACAUGCUUCUAGUGCAUCCUACAUGUGUUUCUUUCUGGUGGAAGAACAUAAUUCUAUCACCUUUUGUGUAUGGAGCACCAGGAUUAGUGCUAAUCCUAAUCCAUCACUGUGACAGACAGGGUCUGUUUUCACCCAUUAUAUUUAUGUUGUCAUGUUUUGCAAUAUCGUAUAGACCUUUAUGUACCUCAACUGCAAUAUAAGAGACAGGCCUUUAUUUCUUAUUCCCUUGUUUUAUAAGUAUAUCUUUGAAUUCUCUGUUGCCAAAUCUGCUCCAUCUUACUUUGCUGUUAGUCCAAACUCAAAACUUCCUACAUGUCUACCUACUGCUCUAAGUUUCUCUCCUCCAACAAAAAUACUGUUUUUCUCUAUGGUUAGCUACUCUUAGCGAAACACUUUCUACACUGAUGUUUAAUUAAAAUAUCAAUAGGGCAUGAUCCACCCAAUUUCUGGUAGGCUAUUUAUCUCUAAACGUCUACAGAAAGUGUUGCGUUUCAUCAACGGUAGCUUAACCACGCUUGAAAAAACGUCAAAGUAGAAGUGAUCAGAAACAGUGUUGAACAGAAAUAUUAAAAGUCACAAAGAUUUUGAAAAUUCUAAUUAAAUAUUGGUAAUAUGGAACAAUCUGUUGAAACAACAGCAAUGCACCGCGUUGUGUGUGCUGUGAUAAUGUGUUAGCAAAGAAAAAGGUUAGGUGGUGUAUGAUCAGCUGCCUGGGAGGUUGCACACUUUCACACUCCAGCAUCAAGCUGGACAGUAGAUUUCCUAUAGACAUUCUUGUAGAUUUGCUCACUCAGUUCAGCACCUGCUUUUCCAAACGUGCACUGUUACUUAUUAUUCACACCUCACUAGUCUUUCAGUCUGCUUGUUUGUUGGACCCACUGUGUGACUAAUUUUUUGACCAUGCUUUAAUGUUGUAAAGUUAUAUAGUAGACCUACAAUGUGAAUGGGUGGAUUCCAUUUUAGCAUUAUCUGUCAAUGCUUUUCAAAUUCAGUGAAUGAUAGAAAAUGCUAAGUUGGCACAACUUUUAGCAUUUAAUGCAUUGCUUUUGUUCAGUGAAAUUCUAGCAAACCACAGCUGGGCAGACAAUUAAGACUUAAGUCUCCAUUCUAUAAUUCAUCUAAGGUCUCAGCAGAAGGAAUUCAGAUAAGCUUGGGUAUUCAGUCACUGGAGAAAUGACGCUUCAGUGGGAACAAGUCUGUGGAGCCAAAUAGAGCAGCUAUUUCAGAUCCAGGUGUCAGGAUUUAGCAACAAUAAGCUGCCACAGGCAUCAUAUUGACUGUUAGAGGCAAAAAAACAAUAAGCAUUCACCUACAGAAAUAAACAGCAAGACAUUGUGUUUGCAAGAAGCAGGACAAGAUACAUUCUUUUUUUUUCUUCAGUUUUUGUUCAGAAGACUGUACUUCUAUAGUCACAUACAGAAAAUAUUGGUUGCUUUAUGGUCAAUGGCUCUUUCUUUCUCGAGAAGAGAGACUUAAAAUUCCAUGUAUGCUGAGGACUGAUAAGACAAAUAUGUUGUGACAAAACUCUGUCUAAGACUUGUAACCUUUCCAAAUGCUGUAUGGAGUCACAAACGGGUUAGUGCCUCUCUCUGGGGUUCAGACUUCAGGAAGCCAGCUUCCAAACUGUUAUUUGUUGCAUUCAAACAGGAUUUUUUUACCUGUCAGAGUAAGCUUGGCAGGUUUCGAAGUAUCACUGCUGUAAGAGUAGCGAGCUGUGGUGCACAUUCAAGUCAUUUGAGUCUUAAAAAGUGCAAAGAAUUCAGGUGUGCAUUAAGCCAACAGUCCUGCUGGAAGAGUAGUGAUUAUAGUGAGAUGAUCCUACUAUUUAUUGCUAUGGUUAUUUUUGCAGUGCAUUUUUUUUCCUAAUUUUUGGUAAAAAUAUGAUUUAACUGAUUAAAGAUAUUACACAACUUUGCUAUAUGUCCUGAGCCUCUAGCUUUUCAGUUUCAUAGUUUGCGACCAUUAUGUUUUUUAAGUGUUUUAACAACAAAACUAAACUUCUGAGGCCUGCAUAGCGGCCCCUAGUUGCUACAUUGUUCAUCAAAUCAGUGUGAAAUAAUUUGAUGAAACAAACAUAUUGAUGAUUUUGCUAUUCGUAGAUACUUUCCAGUAGUGUAAAUUUGCCCUAGAUACUAGAUUUUAAAGGCAUGGGGUCAUUAAAAGCAUAAGUGUCCAUCCUCUUUGGACCAUGAAUGUGCUCAAGAAAUGUCAUUGGAAUAUGUACAUUAAACGAUCAAUUAUCUUGUGUACAAAGUUAAUAUCUUGGACUUGGGUGGUGCUGGAGCAAACUUAUCUGAUGGAAAUGUUAGGUGAUAACGCUACCCCCUAUAAAAUAGAGCUCAUAUACACCUAAUUUCCUGCAGAUUUUUUGUAUCAGUGUAUUUCACUUGCUUCUCCUACAACAGCCAAACCAUGAUUGACGUUUUUAUAGUUAUGUUCAGGCAAACUCAAAGCACUUGGUUAAGGUUAGAGAGCUGCUAGUGUUGGUUGAAUAUUAACACUGAAAAAAAAAUAGUAACCUUGAUGAUAUCAUCAUGUUGCUGUCAGAUGCAUGAUGGGAAAUCCAGUAUUUUUGACCCAUACUAGAGAGUAAUACUAGAAAGUUAGAAUAUCGUGUCCUCUGCUGCUCUGAUUAUGACCAUUCUAUUUUUAAUCUGACUCUUGUGAGUUCCCCAACUUUAUGGAAACACAACACUUAAUUGCUGGUGUACCCCUUUAACCAAGUGUUUUACCAGCCUAAAUCUAACAACACAUGGGAUACAUUGACGCAAACUCAAGUCUAUUGCUUUGUAUACCCAACCAUCCACCCUUACCACCUCCUACGACUUCUCUGCGGCAUAGGAAUGUUGUAAGAUAAGAAAAAAAAUUGCCACUGAUUACAAUCCAGGCAAAAUGUAUCCCCAAAAAAUAUUUGGCAAAGCAAAUUAGUAGUAUAUAAAAGGUAUUGUGUGGGAGACAGUGUUGUACGAGGUCACAAAAAUAUUAAUGAGGUUGGAUAUUCAUACCAAAUCUCCAUUCUUGACAGACUUUUGUUUACAAAAGUGUCACAUGAACAAUAAGUGACAGUUAAGGCUCAUAAGGCAUUUAUCAUAUGAGAAUAGAUUUAACAGCAAAUCCUCAAAUCUAAAUGACAAAAGGCCUGUUUGUCAGUGCCUACAGCGUUACACUCACAUGCUGUGUACACUCAGCCACCCACUCCAACCUCCCACCUGAAGCUUUUUGCAGCAGUAUGUCAUCACACUACUUCCGCUUUUGCUACUGAGGAAGCUUCCGUUUUUCUGCUGAGUACAGUCUCACAUUUAAUGCCGUGACUGUGAAACCUGUAGCUGUGGUUGUUUUUGACACAGCUUUAAUCUGUUAUCUUGAAAAUCUUUUCUUAUAUCUGUAUCAUCAAAAAGGGGCCAACCAGUAACCAUCCUCACAGCAAAAACAGUCUGUGCUGUGUCGGUUUAUUUUCCAGUGCAGAUGGUGACAUGAUUAGUCACAUUUAACAGUGCAGUUUGUCUGUGUUUUAAUUUUAUUUCAGUAUGCAGGGGUUAGAAAAACAUCCUCUGUGUUUGUAAUAUAU